AUGGGACGGGCUGGCAGUGACAGAGCUGUCCCAGGUGCCCAGGGCCACCCCCGGCCCGGCAGGGCCAAGCCCGCCGUGUGCAAGCAUUGGCUGCGAGGGCUCUGCAAGAGGGGCGACGGCUGCGACUUCCUGCACGACUACGAUGCCACCAGGGUGCCCGAGUGCUAUUUCUACUCCAGGUUCGGGGAGUGCAGCAGCAAGGACUGUCCCUUCCUGCACGGGGGUGCCAGCACCGGCGGCUGUCCCUGGUACGACCGGGGCUUCUGCUGGCACGGUCCCCUGUGCAAGUACAAGCACACGAGGAGGGUGAUGUGUGCCAACUACCUGGUGGGCUUCUGCCCCGAGGGACCCAAGUGCAAAUUCGUGCACCUCAAGGCCGGGCUGAUGACGAGCAGCACAGACCCAUCCAAGGUGAAGCUGCUGUCCCUGUGCCCACGGGGGUGA